AUGAAGAUCCCCGUCGUCGUUGCCGCCUUCCUCGCCUCCGUGGCCGUCGCUACGCCCGCGGUCCAGGUCCGCGACAGGAUGAAGGCUGGAGCUGGCGUCAAGCGCAACCCCCAGUUCCCUGGACCCGUUUUCGGGGCGCCUGCCGUAGGACCUAUUCGGGUCCCUGGCGGGGGCCACGGGUUCUUCCCCGGUAAAGAGCAUGAAGGUCACGAUGGACACGACGGCCAUGAUGGUCACGACGGCCAUGAUGGACACGACGGCCACGACGGCCAUGAUGGACACGAUGGCCAUGACGGUCACGACGGUCACGACGGUCACGACGGCCACGAUGGACACGAUGGUCACGACGGCCAUGACGGUCACGACGGCCAUGAUGGUCACGACGGCCAUGACGGACACGAUGGCCACGACGGCCACGAAGGCCAUGGCCAUGGAGGUCACAAAGGCCAUGGGGGCCAUGAAGGCUAUGAGGGCCAUGACGGCCAUGAAGGCUAUGAGGGCCAUGGCGGCCAUGACGGCUAUGAGGGCCAUGACGGCUAUGAGGGCCAUGACGGCCAUGACGGCUAUGAGGGCCACUAUGGAAAGAGAUAUUAUCCUGAAGAGGACCAGGACGACUACCGUGAGAAGGAACACGAAAAGCACCAUGAAGGACACCCGGAAUACUAUGAAAAGGGACACGAAGGUCAUGAGGGACAUGAGGGUUAUGAGGGUUAUGAGGGAUAUGAGGGAUAUGAGGGCCAUGAGGGCCAUGAGGGACAUGAGGGACAUGAGGGCCAUGAAAGCCACCAUGGAAACUGA